UGAACCAAAUCCUGUGAUUUAAAAAUUUACCAUUUUUAAGUGAUUUUGUCUUCUCCGUUAGAAGAAUAAAAGGAGAGAGCCACACCAUUUUUGAUCUUUCCAGAAUAAUGGCGGCCACGAGAGUGAUUACUGCAGCGGCGGCCGCAACCCAAACCACCUCGUGCUUCCUCGCCAAACGAACUUUCCUUCUGCCGGCGAAGAAAUCCUGCGGCGGAUUUGGCGGUCUCUGCUUCAACAAAAGAGCUUUGGUGCUGAAAUCGAAGAGACCCUUCUCGUGCAGCGCGAUUUACAAUCCUCAGGUUAAGGUCAAAGAAGAAGGUCAACCCGAAUCCCUAGAUUAUCGGGUUUUCUUCCUCGAUGGUUCCGGAAAGAAGGUUUCUCCAUGGCAUGAUAUACCGUUGACCUUAGGAGAUGGAGUUUUCAACUUUAUAGUUGAAAUACCCAAAGAGUCAAAAGCAAAAAUGGAGGUUGCUACUGAUGAAGAUUUCACUCCUAUCAAGCAAGACACUAAGAAGGGAAAGCUCAGAUAUUACCCGUACAACAUAAACUGGAACUAUGGGUUGCUUCCACAGACAUGGGAGGAUCCGUCUCAGGCAAACUCUGAAGUUGAAGGAGCUUUUGGAGACAAUGAUCCAGUUGAUGUCGUUGAGAUUGGUGAAACCCAGAGGAAGAUAGGUGAGGUUUUAAAAAUCAAGCCUUUAGCUGCUUUAGCUAUGAUUGAUGAAGGAGAGCUAGACUGGAAGAUUGUUGCCAUUUCUUUGGAUGACCCAAAAGCUCAUCUUGUGAAUGAUGUUGAUGAUGUCGAGAAACAUUUCCCGGGCACACUAACAGCGAUUAGAGACUGGUUUAGAGACUACAAGAUCCCAGAUGGAAAGCCUGCUAACAGAUUUGGGCUUGGAGACAAACCAGCAAACAAAGAUUAUGCUUUGAAGAUAAUCCAUGAAACAAAUGAAUCAUGGGCUAAACUUGUCAAGAGAUCAGUUGAUGCUGGAGACCUUUCACUAUUCUGAACAGUUAUAUCUUGCAAUGUCCAAUUAUGAACAGACGCAAGAGUCCUACAUCAUUCUUGUUUUUCUUUCCAUUGAGAUUUUUGUUUUCUCCUUUAAUGACUGAGAAAUAAAAAAGAAGAUUAUAUUGAAUUUCUGCUUUGGAAAUUUAUAUAUGGAGCAUGAAACAGGCUUUGUGGCGUCA